GGGUUGAGAAAGGUGGUGGUUGUUCAUGGAAGAAACAACAUCAGGCCGUUUCUUUGGUGAGUUGACGAAGCGAGGCCCGCCGCUAACGACUUCUCCAAAAGGGCUUUCUCGAGGGAGCGGAAAAGGAGGGGGUUCGGCACGGGGGAGCAUGGGAAAGGAGGGGGAGGAAAGUCAGCAUGGGGAGAAGAACGCUGGUGGCGGAAGCUGCUCUCCACCAUGUCGACAACAUGUGCCUCAUUCUUCGAUUGGGCGUGGGAAUACAGCAGGUGUUGGGGACGGUACUUCGGGAAUUGUGGGUGAUUGUACACGGCAUGAGCAUUCCACAGCAGCUACUUCAGCCUCGCCUGCCCAUGCUCUUCCUGCCAGUUCUACCUGGGACAGUAGCUCCUGGGACCAUGCAGAUGGAGGAGGUAGUUCCAAUCAACUGCCUUCGACAACUGCCGGCACUACAGGCACAACCUCCAUGACUAACCGGGCCGCCAACAGUGCCAAGUACAAUUCCCAUCUUCAUCAUCAGCUCUUGUGGAACGACGAUCGCACGUGGGACUGGGACAGCGUGCGUCUGCUUGUCCAACUGAAUGUUAACCCUUCGCCUUAUGGAAUGCCCUGUGGUCAACGGAAGCCAGCAAUAGAGGAGCAGAGCUUAUGUGAAGGGAGGCCCAGAAAUUCUUCCAUUGAUGAUGGUGACCUGGGAAGAAGGCAAAGUCUAUCACCUGGCGGGAGUGCGAUGAGGUUGGGUGGAACCUCACUGGGGCCAGCUGAGGGAGGGAGAAAUAAUGCUGGGUUAGGUCAAGCGUUGGGUGCGAAUGAUGUCUCUCUGAGUAGGCAGUACAGCAUCAAUGACACGGGGCAGGGUAGAGGGGGAGGGCAGGGAAUCUUGGGUAGUGAGGUUGUGGGUUCUGAUAUGGGGGUUGUUGCUGUAGGGGGAAGAGGGGACGAAGAGGUACUGAAGGAGCAGUUGCAGCAACAGCGGCAGCAGAAGCAGCAGCAGCAGCAAGAGGUGAUGCACUCGAGCUGUACGGCGGGCCCUUCGUUUCUCAACAGAUCGUCAGAAAUAAGUUCGGCGGAGGUUGGCGAAGCUGUGGGGAAGGAGAUGGUGAUUGUGAUGGGAGGGAGUGGUGCCGCCGGGGGGACGCGGGAGUCAUUUUUGGUCGAUACACCGCCGAGCAUAUCAGGGGCUGACGAAUUGGCAACCGACCGGUCAAUGGUGGCGAUUAUGAACACUGAAAGUGGGGGAAAGCAGCGCAGAAGGGCGCUGGCAGGAAGGUCUGGAGAGGACACGGUGGCUGGUGGGGCAAACCUUAGGGUAGGAAAACGGUCCAGGUCAGGAUCAAUGGGAGGCGGGACGGUUGCCAUGUGUCAGGUAGAGGGCUGCAGGGCGGACCUCAGCAACUCGAAAGAGUACCAUCGAAGGCACAAGAUAUGUCAGGAGCAUUCAAAGACACCCGAAGUGUUUUGCAAGGGAGAAUUGCAGCGCUUUUGUCAACAAUGCAGCAGGUUUCAUCCUUUGAGUGCUUUUGAUGAGGGCAAAAGGAGCUGCAAGAUGAGGCUGAUUGGGCAUAAUCUUCGGCGCAGGAAAGCCACAGAUGCAAAUCCAUGUCUAGGUUCCCAGGCUUCUUUAAGAGCCCAAUCGCCAGCACAUAAUGCAAUGGCAAUUGGUAGACUGAAUUCGGCUGCUGAAAACCUCCGAGCUGUUGACGGGAGCGCUUCGGGAGGAGGAGGUGACGGCGGGAUGAUGGACAAAGGGUCUGUGGGAGAGAGGAGGACGUCAUGGCACCUCAUGAAAUCGGAUCCCUCAUCACGUCUGAAUGUUCUCCAGGACCGAGGAGGAGCAUCGCUUACCGUAUCCUCGUCAUCGCCUGCUAUUAUCCCCUUCUCAGCGGAAUCGGUUGGACACGGGGUUGAAGGACGGGUUUCAGAAAGGAGGACGUCAUGGCACUUAAUGAGGCCAGAUGCAUCAGAGUCAAUCGCCAUGACCAGGUCUCAGGAGCGAGCAGGAGCAGCUGUUCUGUCAUCAUCAUCCGAUUCUGCCACCAUGAGCACCGUUUCUGGGGAGUCAUCGAGUGGACACCACGGAACUGGGCCGCGGAUGGCGAUGCCUCUGGUGGGGCUUGCAGGUCGGGGCUGGCCGAUCCGGAAACCAUCAUCAAUGCCAGACCAGGGCCAUACUCCUGUACUCAGAAGGUUGCUCAGGGAAAUGGCAGCACCAAUGGAUGUCGACGCUCAGGGUGUACCCGUAUCCAUCGCGUCGGCUAUGCAAGGGGCGGCUGUGCAGAGCGGCGGCAACAGGGCUGCCGAAAAGGAGGUGAACCCUAUAGACAGACCAUUGUCGAUGUCCACAGUGUCACAUUCGACAGGGAGGGUGCCGACCUGUACAAUCCUCUCAGCUCAACAGCAAAAUGAAAGUCAAACUCAACCCACUGGGUUGACGCUCCAGGAGCUCCUGGCGCGGAAAACGCAAAUGCUACAAGCAGCUGUUCCAACUCUCCAGGCGAGCAUUUCUAGGCGGCCAACCUUCGUCCCUGGAAAGAUGUUCCCCAUCCUGAUGAUGUCACCUGGGCAAAUGGCGGGCUCGUCAAUGGCUGGGCCUUUGGAAGGCCCACAAAACAAGGGGAUGGAGGGUCAAUCACUCAACGAAGUCGAAGGCCCAACCAUGAAAGGGGCCGAUAGGGUAAAGGCCGGGGGGUUGAAGGGGCUAAGUGGCAGGGGGGACGAAGGAAGUGGGAACGACCCACACACCGGCAGAAGCGUUGACCAGUCGCAGAUGAACGCAGGACUUUUACAGGGCAGUUCGGAGGGACAACGUAGAGUCCUCCGUGAACAAGGUAGAGCAGACGGAAAUCCAGGGACCGUUCGGCAACUUCAAGGGUCGAUAGCAGAUAACAAUCUGGGCACAACUGGGACCCAUCUGGGCACGAUCCGGGAAAGCCAAAGCACAGCCGAGGACAAUCUGGGAACAAUCCGGGAACAUCAGGGAAUAGUGGAGAGCAACCCGGGAGCAAUCCGGGGGGAACAAUCCGGGAACAAUCCGGGAACAAUGCGGGAACAACUUCAGCAGAAAACAAUGCGGGAACUCCAAGGGGAGUGCCGCCCGAUUAUUGAUUUGCAAAAUUCACCUCCUCAAUCUUGUCAUCCUCCUCCUCAUCCUCCCCCUUCUCCUCCUUCCGGUCAUAGUCAAGUUUCCUCCCAAGGUCCGAAGAGUAGGGAUUCUGUCUGCAACACACCCUCCUAGACCCCCCCCUGUCUAUCAAUCAGAGGAUGAAAGAAGAGUGGCAAUUUUCUUUAAUUGGUGAAUGAAUCAUUUAAUUAAAUAAAUGAAUCAUCAAAUC